AUGAACAAAUUAUUAAUAUUAGCUAUUAUUGCUUUAAUCUGCUUCUCUCAAUUUGCUGAAUGUGCAAAGAAGACUGGUAAGCUCCAAAUUGGUGUCAAGCAUCGUCCAGAAAGCUGUACAAAGGAUGCCAAGAAGACACUUCCACAUGAUAAAUUAAAGAUUCACUACAACGGUACACUUUUGGAUGGUGGUAAGAAGUUUGAUUCUUCUGUAGAUCGUGGAGAUCCAUUCCAAUUCACUCUUGGUGUUGGCCAAGUCAUCAAAGGAUGGGAUCAAGGUCUUUUAAAUAUGUGUAUUGGUGAGAAGCGUAAAUUGGUUAUCCCACCAGAGUUGGGUUAUGGAGAUUCAGGUGCUGGUGCCAGUAUUCCAGGUGGUGCAUAUUUGGUAUUUGAAACUGAAUUGAUCGAUAUUAUCAGAGACUAA